UUUGCAAGUGGCUCGUUCUGCUUGUUGGUUACAUUGUAUCGCUCCCCUCAGCAUUGAACGAUCCAAACAGCCAUCAAGAAAUGAGAGAUUUCAACGAAAUCAAGUCCAGGAAUUAAACUGGUGAGGAAACUGCCAGAAUAUCGGAUUUUACAAUUUGGACUACAGAAAGGAUAUGCUUUAUUUCCAACCAGGGCUUUAAACUGAAUUUGAAAUCCCCAUCGUAACCGGUAUUUUUGAAUUUUCAACGGGAUCUCAACGUGUGAUGGCAGCAGCCCCGUGAAUUAGCCGUUCCAUUCCCCUGGCGUUGGAUUUCUUGGGAGCACGUUGAUUGAUUUGUCUGUGUAUAUUUGCACAUUGGGGGGGGGGUCGGUGGUCAUCAAAGUGGUUUUACCUUUACUAUCAGGAUCUAUGGAGUGUACGUAAACAUUCGCUGGAUUGGGUUUGUCAAGAGGAGCAAACAAUGUGGGUUACUGGGAAGGGGAUACGGAGAAGACCCUAAAGCUGCUGUAAGCCUUCUCCCACUGCCUCCAGUGGUCUGAGAAGGUCAGACUUAACUGUGGCGCGCCUGGGCCGCUGGCACUAAGAUGUCCCUAAGCAGUGGCACUGCAGGCGGGAAAGGUGUGGACUCUAAUGCAGUGGACACUUAUGACAGCGGCGACGAAUGGGAUAUAGGUGUUGGCAAUCUGAUCAUUGACCUUGACGCAGACCUAGAAAAGGACAAACUUGAGAUGUCUGGUACUAAAGACGGUGGGGGCAUGGCUGCCCCUCCCAGCGCUGUAGCAGCUCUACCGGACAACAUUACAUUUGUUAGCCCCGUACCCGCUGCUCAAGGCAAAGAGAGUAAACCCAAAUCAAAGCGUAGUAAGAGCUCAAAGGACAGUGGCAAGGCCUUGGCCUCAGACGGGGCCAAGAAAGAGGCCCAGGUGCGAACCCAGGGUGAGGUCACAGGAUCCGCCAUUGGUACAGGUCCCACGGCAAACACCAACUCUGGAAAGGGUGCCGAGAAGAGCAGCAAAGCCUCCCGGAAUGUUCCUGGUGGAAAGAAAGACAAAGAGGGGGGUUCUGGGAAAACUAAGAAGGAGAGAAGUGAAUUUGUGGCUGCUACUGAGAAGGAUGUAGGUGCCCUAGUUUUGCCUUUGGCAUGUCGUGGCGUUCCAUUUGAGGGUACGCAAAAUACAGACUUGGCUGUGACUGAGCAACUUGGGAAUAUCGCCCUGGAUUCCACACGGAUUGUUGUACCACCGUUAGCCAUUAGAAGUGAGCCAGAGGAGAUGGACAACGGCGAAUGCAGAAACCUGAAGAAAAUGACAAGUGAAAAGAUGGAGUCUCCGGUCUCCACGCCCGCCACUCCACCCCUCCAUGCCAUGGCGCCGGUGGGCAACAGCAAUGACAGCAUCGCCUCACCCUGUGAGCAGAUCAUGGUGCGCACGCGCUCAGUGGCGUCCAACACCACAGACAUGGCCUUGGCCACGGAGCCCGAGUGCCUGGGGCCCUGCGAGCCCGGGACCAGCGUCAACCUGGAGGGCAUCGUCUGGCAGGAGACCGAGGACGGCAUGCUGGUAGUUAACGUGACCUGGAGAAACAAGACCUAUGUGGGCACCCUCCUGGACUGCACCAGACACAACUGGGCCCCGCCAAGGUUCUGUGAGUCCCCCACCAGUGACUUGGAGAUGAGGAACGGCCGGGGCCGGGGCAAGAGGAUGAGGCCUAACGGAAACACGCCCGUCAACGAGAACAGCAACUCGUCGGACAACAAGGGCAGCGGCACCAGCAAGACACGCGCCGCCAACAGCAGCAGCAGCAGCAAGGGCCGGCGGGGCACGCCGCCCAACAGCAACACAGAAGACGUCAAAGUCAGCCCUUCGUCGGCUAACAAGCGCAAGAACAAGCCCGCCUCAGACAUGGAGCCCAACUCCAGCUCAGAGGACACCAAGGGCAGCAAACGCACGCGCACCAACUCCAACAGCGGCCCUGGAGGAGUGCCCCAGCCGCCUCACGCCGUCCUCCCUGGCAAGCCCAGCAUAAAGAUGGAGACACUGCCCCCGCAGCAACUCGACCGCAACUGCCCUUCGCCAGUGCUCAUUGACUGCCCGCACCCCAACUGCAACAAGAAGUACAAGCACAUUAAUGGCCUCAAGUACCACCAGGCCCGUGCCCACAAUGAUGAUGACAUCAAGCUGGACAUGGAUGGGGACAGUGAGUACGGGGAGGACUCUACGCUCCACCCCGAUCCGAGCAGCUGCAAUGGGGCCUCCAUCUCUCAAAAGGGCUGCUUGUCACCGGCCCGCUCAGUCACGCCCAAGGGUAGGGGCUUUGAGGCCCAGACUCCGUCGCCCUCCUCGGGUAAGUUUGGCUCCAAGCAGGGUAAAAAGAAGCCCAGCGAGGUCGAUCUAGAGGCAGGGGGCAUGCCCAUGGAUGGCUGUGAGGACGGGCCCUGCCUAACGGACGAGGCCAGCAACGACGGCAUGGACGACAAGAAGGACAAGGCCAAGAAGACGGGUAGCGGCUCCAAGGCAGACAAGCUGGCCCAGAAGGGCAUGAAGUCAACGCGGCCCAUCGCCCCGACCAUACCACCUCAGCAGCUCUACUCCCUACAGACGGCAGGCGGCUUCCCUGCAGCCAGCCCUGGCUCCACCUCUGCCAUUGGUUCAGCAGUUCAGUCUAUCCCCAAGAGCCCUCAGCUGAAAGCGAUCCAGUCCAAGCCCUCGGCCCUGGGAGACCCCUCGCCUGUGAACCCAGCGCUGAGCGGCUCCAAGGACAAGAAGAAGAAAGACAAGAAGAAGAAGGAGGCAGGAAAGGAGGGAGAUAGCCCCAAAGGGAAAGGGGGAAAGCCAGAGGAAGGCAAGAGCCCGUACUCUGAAUCUUCGGACCCGGGGAGCAAAGGCGACGGGCUGCUGAACGGCUCAUCAGACCCCCACCAGAGCCGGUUGGCCAGCAUCAAGGCCGAGGCGGACAAGAUAUACAGCUUCACCGACAACGCUCCCAGUCCCUCCAUCGGUGUGGCCAGCAGGAUAGAGGCUGGAGGCAUGGCCCAGCCCCUCACCCCACUCCAUGUGGUCACACAAAACGGAGCUGACAACUCCUCGGUGAAGACCAACAGCCCGGCCUACUCUGACAUCUCGGACGCGGGCGAGGACGGCGAGGGCCGGGUGGAGGGCGUCAAGGGAGUCAAGUCCGAGGAGCAGGCCGCCCGAGAGGGGGCCAAGAAGGCCCUGUUCCCCACCCAAACAGCCAGCAAGGAGUCCCCCUACUAUCCCGGCUACGAGAAUUACUACUCCCCAAACUACGCCAACCCUAACCCUAGCCCGGGGGUGUCGGCCACGGGGGCCACGCAACAGGAGGGGGCCCAGGUCAAGGUGAAAAAAGAGGAGCAGGAGGAGCGUAAGGUCAAGCAGGAGCAGCAGGAGGAGCGUAAGGUCAAGCAGGAGCAGCAGGAGGAGCGUAAGACCGAGAUGGGUGCAUCUGGACCAGGGCAACAGCAGCAGCAGCAACAGGCCUCGGUCAUCCAGCAGCGCUCCAACAUGUAUAUGCAGCCUCUCUACUACAACCAGUAUGCCUACGUUCCCCCGUACGCCUACCACCCGGACCAGGCCUACCACAACCACCUGCUGAACACCAACCCGGCCUACCGGCAGCAGUACGAUGAGCGGCAGAGGCAGGUCGUAGCCGAGCAGCACCGCGCCGCCGAGAAGAAAUCAGACGCUGCUGGAAAGGAGCGCGAGCGAGAGGGCUCCUCAGGGAAGGAGCGGGGUGAGGAAUGGAAGCAGAAGGCUUUGGUGCCCCCCACCCUCUCCAAGGCUCCCAGUGUCACAGACCUGGGCAAAGGCGGGCUGCCCCAGGGCAAGCCGCCCAAAGAGCCCUCGUCCUCCUCGGAGCAGACCAAGUCAUCGGUCAUCAUGCCCAAGGGGGAGGACGCCAAGGCGCCGGCCCAGCAGGCUGAGGGGCUGAAGAUGAAGCUGAGUGAAGGAGGGCACCACGUGAAGGGGGAUGAACCCAAGGCGGGCAUGGAGUCCGGCAGGCCCUCGGCCAUGGAACAGGCCAUGUGGUACAGACAGGAGCCUGACUCGCGGCUGUGGCCUUACCUCUACCCCAGCAAAUACCCUGAGGCCCAGAAACCACAGGACGUGGAGCGCCACAGGGAAAGAGACAGAGACCGAGGAGAGCGGGACAGAGACCGAAAGGGCAAGGAGGGCAGGGACGAGAGGGCUCGGCCCAAAGACGCCACCCCGAAGGAGGAGAGCAAAGAGGGGGUUGAGCCCCGGUUGUCUUUGGCCUUGGAGGAACACCGGGGGGUGGGAAAGGACCCAAGGGCCACCGCUGGCCACAUGCAGUUCUCCUCUCCCAUGGCCCAGCACCAAGGCUACAUGCCUUACAUGCAUGGAGCCUACGCCUACGGCCAGGGCUAUGACCCCAGCCACCCGGGCUACCGCGGGAUGCCAUCAGUCAUGAUGCAGAACUACCCUGGGUCCUACUACUCAUUCUAUGGCAGUAAGAUGGGGCCGGGCGAGGAAGGCGGCGAGAAGGCGGCGCGCGCCAGCCCCACGGUCGGUGGCAAGUCGUCCUCCGAGGCCAAGGCCCUGGACAUCCUUCACCAGCACGCCAGCCAGUACAAGAGCAAGUCGCCCACGGUCGGCGAGAAGACCUCCUCGCAUGAAAGGGAACGGGAGCGCGCCGUGGCCGAGCGAGACAUGGACCGGCCGCGUUCCUCUCCCUCACAGCGCAUCAUGCCUUCCCAUCACCACCUGGGCUACCCGCUGCUCUCGGGGCAGUACGACCUGUCCUACGCCACAGGUCUCUCUUCAUCAGCCAUAGUUGCCAGUCAACAAGCCUCCUCCCCCUCCAUGUACCCCCCUGCACGGAGAUGAGAAUGGGAGACCUGAUUGGCUGACCUCGACCUUGCUUGGAGCCAUGUGACUGGAUCACACGAAGAAGCCUGCUGCAGAGCUCAUUUUAAGACAUCAGUUCAAUGGUGUUUGGUGUAUUUUUUUAGUUUCUGCCUGGUUGUUCCGGCUGUUCUGCUUCCUCCCUCCGCUAGUGGGAUGGCCACCCUACGGCAAGGCUUCCCGUGGCUGGCUUGAGGGCUCGCCGAGCCCCCUCCUCUGUCCGGCCAGACAGUCACUCCUUUGCACCACUCACGUGAUGGACUAAAAGGUCUGAGGAACGGCCUGACGAGGCUGACGCGUUCUGAUGGUGUGAGGCCUUAUCACACGGACGGGCCAUAUUGGAAGUGGAGAGUGUAGAUGGGAGAGGGGUUCGAUCAGAAACAUACUGGAUUAAGUUUGAAAUCACUACAUAGAGAUAUGGACCUAUUGGAUUGAUGGCUGACCCUGAGCCUGAGCGUGAUAGGGUUGCAGCUUGACUUCUGGGUUGUUUCAUCCAUCCACCAAACUACCCACUGACCCGGAGGACAUUUUGAGACAUUCAUUGCAUCGCAAUGGACCCAUUUUUUCCCCCCUUCUGUUAUUUUUUUGGUGGGGGGGGGGUCGUUGUUUGGGCCAGAGGAGGGGUGACUGAAAGGGGAGCGACUGGUUUUCGUUGUCUCCAUCCCUCUCCACCACUCUGGGCUUUCUAUGCAAGCCGAAGCUGCUCUUCUCCUUAUACUGACAGAGACAGCCCUCCUCUUCCUCGGUUCAGUUUCAGGGGGAGGAAACAUUCAAGUUCACGCUCUGUUGAAUCUGUAGUUGUUUGUGUGAAAAGUUAUCAAUCGCCUACUUGAGUUCAUUCAGAGAGUCAAACUAUCCGUGUUGGUUUUUUUGUUGCUUUUUAUUUGUACAAGGCUUUUUAUUUGUACAAGGCUUUUUAUUUGUACAAGGCUUUUUAUUUUUGUGCGUCGUUCGUUCCACAGCAUUAGUCUCAUCACUAUUCAUGUUUUUGUAUUAUUUUAGCAGUUUAUUUGAUUUUUUCUUUUUUCUUUGUGUGUCUUGUUGGCUUGACGACCAUGUUUCCAUCUCACUCUGACCCAGUGGUAAAACAAACUCCUUUGGCUGUUUGUGUCUGUGUUGAACGCUUCUGGCCUUUCUGUGGUGGCGGUGACAGCUGUCUCCUCGUUUCCUUUCCCAAAGGGUCAUCCAGUUUACAAAGUAGCUCCAAUGCAUCUGCUCCAGCUCCCAGCUGCUCAGCAAGGACCCCGGCUUAAAGGGAGAGGAUAUAUUUGUGCCUGGAGGUACUUUGGCUUAGAGAGAAGAGGAACGGAGAGGAGCAGGGAUGUACCAUCCUGGUGCUCUCCAAGCUCUGUGACCCGGCAGGUUGCGCUAAUCAGAGGAGCUGACUGGACUCUUCAGAUGCUACCUCUAGUUCCAUCCAUCUUCACUGGGCACUGCAGAGGGGGAGAGGGGUUCUCAGACAGGCAGACAGGCAGGCAGACAGACAGGCAGGCAGACAGGCAGCCCAGGUCGUAAAGUGCACAAGGCUUUUGUUUUGUCUGUUUGUGCACACUGUCUGGGACCUACAUGGCUAUAUGAGAACGGUCUGCAAGCCACAGUCUGGCAGUCGCUGCUGCUAGUCUCUCACCAAACUGCAUCAUGGGUUAUCUGCAGUCCUCCCUCAUCAAUGGACAUGUAAGAACACAAAGGGAAACUCUCUCUAGAGCUGUCAGUGGAUAUGACUGCUGCACUCACUCUCCCUCUGUCCUGUAGUGAUGGAGAGACAGGCAGCUCUCUCCCUCUGUCCUGUAGUGAUGG